GCCGGGGACCGGCCAUCAUCUCUCCUCAGCGCCGCCCUCUCGCCCUGCUUGCUACUCUUCCACUCCCUUCUCCACAUCCCACUCACCCACCCCCCUGUGAGAAUUCGGGCCUCGAAUCUCGAAGGACCUAUACAGCUUCUACUAAUCUUUCAUCUCUUCCAACUAUAUAGCCGCUGCUUCAUGACCGGUGCUGGUUCUCCGGUCGCUCUGGCCCCUUCCACUGCCGCCGCUGUGUGACAUUCUCCCUUGCGUGCUGGGCCUGUUGGCGGAUAGACCUUCAAGCAAUGAAAAUUUCUCCCUGACCGUGUGCACCAAGGCCAUAUACAGCAUAGCAGACGUUCUCCUUGACCUACACCACCCCUGCCCCUAACCUUGUCUGAUGGCGGCCCCCGCUUUGUCGACCGGCGGAUUGAUCGAUCCGACCAAACAAGCCGAGUACCCGGUCGUUCUGGGCGACAGAUUGGCCGGCAAAAGUGGCUCGUCACAGUCGAGACUGGUCAAUAUCCAAUAUAACUACAAAACAAAAUCUGCAACUGCGCAGCAACGCAUCACCCGAUCCCGGCAGUCCCGAGAUCGCUACAAUCUUACGAUUACCGAUAAAGCCCCGAACGCCGACAAUGUCCUGACGUACUCCUAUCAAGGCAGUGUGGACCCGGCACAGGCGGUGUCGGACUCGGGGGAGCACAGUUUGGUCCUCGUCUUCGACGCGGCGCGGAAAGUGUUUGUCCUAGAGCCGGUCGCAACGCAGCUACACUUCAACCUCCGGUCCGCCCCUGCCAAAUCCCAGAAGCAGGUACUGGAGCAGUACGAGCAGUUACGCACAUUGCAGGAGGAUGACCAUGGAUCGGGCGAUGACCGGGCCUCUGACAAUGCCGGCGGGAAUGACGACGGCCCGGCCGACGACGAUAACCCUUACGACUACCGCCAUUUCCUUCCCAAGGAGAAUGCGGACGAUGACAAGUCGGGGUCGGAUAAAUCUCCGGAACCGCCCUCCUACACCAGCAGGAAUGACACUCCCUUGAUGAUCGCGGCCAGACCCGCCCCUAGUCCCCGACCUCCUCCGCAGAGCCGGCCGAACCCGCUACACUCGAAGAAGAAGUCAGAUGGGGGUAAACCUCCCAAGCCCGCGGCCGUCAGGGCACGGCCUAAAUCUCCAAGCCGUCCUCCGCAGAGAAGUGAGGGGAGGAGGGCGGUCAUCGAAGAAGAGCCUCCGACGGAGCCGUCCAAGUUCUCGCCUUCCGACACUGGGCUGGGUGCCGUAUCUUCGCAGAAGACUGUUCCUUCCCCGGGGUCGAAUAUCAUCAUCGAUGGCGAUCUGAUCAUCGAUAUGGGGUCGCCGCCACCAUCCCGUCCCUUCCGGGUCAACCCCGCCCACUUUUCUUCGAACAACACCCCGGCCGACGAGGAUGAUAAUGAGGACGAUGAGGACAUUGAGGACCUGCGCCUGCCAUCUCCGGCUGGCCACGGAGGGGCGCCCAUGGCAUCAUCGGGAGGCGUGGACCUUGAGCCGGGGGCCGGCGGGGACGAGGACGAGCUCGAGGAUGACGAUGCAUUAGCGGCCGAGAUGGAGGCCGCCUUUGAGGAAAGCGCGCGGGAAGAAGAAGAGGCCCGAAGCCAGCAAUCCCAGACCCAUGCGCCGUCCCACCAGUAUCAUAUGGCUAGUGAGGACGAGAGCGAAGUCAGUGAGGAGGAAUAAUCCGGGGUUCUGGUCGUUUCUGCUGCGGGGUGUCGCGAGUCAGGUUGUCCUAAAAUCUUGUGUUCUUUCCCAGUAUCCAUGUACAUACAAGCAAGGC